CAGAUGUGCCUCCGUCCACAUAUUGGGUCGGCAGGGGAAAUGAGAAGCACUUCUACUGGGGCGGCUCAGGACCGGGCGUGCAGAAAUGUGCCUGUGGUAUUGAACGCAACUGCACCGAUCCCAGAUAUUACUGCAACUGUGAUGCCGAUCUCAGACAAUGGAAAGAAGAUGCUGGUAUGUUGAUGUAUAAGGAUCAUUUACCUGUGAGUCAGGUUGUGGUUGGGGAUAUUUAUCGCUCUGGAUCUGAAGCCAAACUCACCGUCGGACCGCUGCGCUGCCAAGGAGAUCGUCACUACUGGAACGCUGCUUCUUUCAACACACCUGCAUCUUAUCUUCAUUUUCCAACCUUACAAGCUGAGACCAGUGCUGAUGUGUCCUUUUAUUUUAAGACAUCGGCUUCACACGGAGUCUUUCUGGAGAACCUGGGCAACCCCGACUUCAUUCGCCUAGAACUCAGUUCGGCAUCAGUGGUGUCGUUUUCAUUUGAUGUGGGCAACGGGCUGGUGGAGUUAAGCGUUCGCUCAUCUACACCCCUCAAUGACGACCAGUGGCACAGGGUGGAGGCGGAGCGCAAUAUCAAGGAGGCUGUUUUGCGAGUGGAUAAGCUGUACAGGGAGGCGCGGUCAGCACCGCCUCAGGGCCACACCCGCCUGCAGCUCUUCAGCCAGCUGUUUGUAGGUGCUUCGGGUGGUCAGAGAGGAUUUCUGGGCUGCAUUCGAUCACUAAAGGUCAAUGGAGUGACCCUUGAUCUCGAGGGAAGGGCAAGGGUCACGCCGGGGGUGAAGCCUGGAUGUUCGGGCCACUGUAGUAGUUAUGGGAUGCACUGCCAGAAUGGAGGAAAAUGCAUCGAAAAGUACAAUGGAUACUCAUGCGACUGCAGUCAGACCGCCUUUGAUGGGCCGUUCUGCAAUGAUGAUGUUGGAGGGUAUUUCGAGAGUGGGACGCUGGUGCGUUUUGACCUGAUGUCCGAGAGCAGCACUUCCUCUCCUGCACUAAAGGAAGGCGAGUCUGCGGUGCUGGGCAUUGUGGGUAAUCUGACGCACGAGGAGCUCAGCUUUAGCUUCAGCACAUCCAACACGCCGGCUGUCCUCAUCUACAUCAGCUCAAAGACACAGGACUACCUGGCCGUAGUGCUGAGACACAAUGGUACUCUGCAGAUCCGCUAUAAUCUGGGUGGAUUAAAAGAGCCGUUCAGCAUCAGCCUGAACCAUCGUAACAUGGCGAACGGUCAGCCUCAUAAUGUCAACAUUAGCCGACAAGAAAGACUCAUUCAGCUGCAGGUGGAUCAUUACCCUACAGUGAGCUACACUCUUCCUGAAGCAUCAGACACUGAAUUCAACCUGGUCAAGACCAUUUUCCUUGGAAAGGUGUUUGAAACGGGUCAGAUUGAUCCGGUGUUGAUAGAGCGAUACAACACUCCAGGAUUCGUGGGUUGUUUGUCCAGAGUUCAGUUCAACCGGAUCUCUCCUCUGAAGGCGGCGCUCAGGACCGGCCCGUCCACUGCCUCCAUACAGGGAGUCCUGGUGGAGUCAAACUGCGGCGCGUCUCCGCUCACCGUCCCACCCAUGUCUGCUGUUUUUGACCCCUGGCACCCAGAGUCAGUCGGUGCUCAGUUCCCAUUCAACGAGGAGCGCAUCAGUCGAGAUGGAGUCAACAGAGACUCUGCAAUAAUCGGAGGCAUCAUCGCAGUGGUGAUCUUCACCAUCCUCUGCACGCUGGUGUUUCUGGUGCGUCACAUGUUCCGUCACAAGGGCUCCUACCACACCAAUGAGGCCAAAGGGGCGGAGUCUGCAGACUGCGCCGAUGCUGCCAUCAUCGUCAAUGAUCCCGCCUUCACAGAGACCAUCGACGAGAGCAAGAAGGAGUGGUUCAUUUAGCCACACCCCCUAGGGGCGGGGCUUCACUCUCUGACAGCAGCCCAUGUGAAACGGACACUUGGCGACGUCUGGCAUGUCUGUUCUGUAAUUAUUUUGUAAGUGAGUACAGCACAAGGACUUCUGUAAGAUCCCAUUCAUCCCAUGCACACAUGAUGACAGUUUUAAACAACAACUGAUGCAUUUUUAUCAUUGCAAUAUUUCUGGUCGGAUUAAAAAAAAAAGAUGUGUGUUCGGCGAUCACGAAUGCAGCGAAUACUCCAAUAGCACAAAGCGGAAUGUGUACAGAAUGCAUACUUAUGUUUUCCGAUAAUGACGUUUGAUUGUAUUUAAGCGUUUCGUUGUCAGCAUCUUCAGGACAAUAAUAAUAUAUUGUAGCAUGGAAAUCAGCCAAUGGCGUUUCUGAAUCACCCAUCGAUGUUCAAUGCAGCACUUUUGUAUCUCAAGUUCUUUAUAGUUGCCAGAAUUCAGUGUUAUUUAUCUGUUUCUCCAUAAGUGCUUGUUCAAUCUCUACGGAUAACAUGA